UAUUGUAUCUGAUUACUCCCUAAUGAUUUGUUCCAUUGCAUCUGUCUGCUAUUGUCCCUGUAGGUCCUUUUUGUAGACAGGAACAGGGAAAUCUCUGCCACUGAGGGUUUUUGGUCCAUGGAAGAUUGUGCUUGUCAGUGAGCAUUUGUGAAAAUUAAGGACUGGAGGAUUAAGAAGAAUGUAAUUUCAUUUGCUUCUUACCAGGGUCUGACUUAAUUUUCAUUCUCAGACUUUGCUUGAAGUAUGAUUAAGACUAUGGACAGCUCUAGGAGGGCUUAGAGUGUUUAAAGAAUACAGUUGCUGAUUAAAAUGUUAAUACAGAAUGGCUUUGGCAGGGGAUUCAGCUUUCUGAGUUGGGUCUGAGGUUUUCCCCCUGCCUCCAGCUCCUCUGGUGGGAUGCAAUGUUGCCACAGCCCAUUCCUGUUAGCCUGGUGUGUUUGUCCAGUUUUCUGCCUCUUCCAUAAAAGAUGGGGAUUGCUGGACCUGGUACACACUCAGCAAGUGCUGCAGCAAAGAAAAGUGACAAAAAGUGUUUAUUUGAUGACUUUAUUUUUGUGUCUCGGAUCAAUGUGUCCUCUCACAACUGGAAUUUUAUGGAGAAGCUUACCAGCAAGAAGCUGUGUCCUGAUGAUGACUGUGUCUACACCAAUUCCCUUGCCAGAGCAGAAGAGGAUUAUAAUGCUUCAGACUGCAGUUUCAUUAAUAUUAAGAAGGGCCAGUGAAUUUCUGUUCAUUCAAAACUAAUGAAUGAAGAAGACUCUGGGGAAUUCUGGGCUGCAAGUGUAAGAGUUGAUUCUUGGGAAUAUGAACAAACUAGAAGUAGAUUAACACACACACAUUGCUGUCAAGAAAUGGUUGCAAAUGCUGAGCUGUUGUGGGGCUUAAAGCAGCAACUUAGUUUUAAAAGUGAAUGUUUAAACUGGUUGAAAAGGCUUGAAGGGCUUUUGAUAAACCAGCUCAAAGCAGAUGAGGAUUGUUUUAAGGUAUCUCAUUAUACACCUCCUUGCUUGAAAGUUUAUGGAGAACAGUAUGAAAACUAUAUGGGGACAGUUGGUUAUUUCCCUAGCAGUUCAGUGUCAGAACAACAUGUCUAUCAAGAGGCAAGUCAGCCUGUCCCUACAAGGGUGAGGAAUUUACAAAGGCCCAGCUGGCUACAGAAUUAUAUAUGGAUAUUCUCAGUUCAUUCAGAGAGAAAGGAGAGGUUUUUGCCAGGCUAGGGCCUGGGAAAGAGUUUCAAAGGAAUGUAAAUAAUUUUCUGUCUCUCUUGUUGUUCACAUUGUUUAUAGAUAUGUUCUGCCACCGUGUGCCAUUCAGCACGCACCAAUGGUUGAGAUGUUUUUACUUGAAGACCAAUGAAAUUGGUCUGCAGGAUGUUCUCUAUAAAAAGAGCGAUGUAUUUGAAAUACAGUUGUUGAGUUCAGUUCUUUCA